GCCUGUUAGGACCCUGACCUCAACGUCCACAGCUUUUCAAUCCUACCAACCACUCCAAGACUUUUGGCUUCAACCUCAUCCUUCCUGGAAUAUUGUGAGCGCUGCUUCCCCUGUAAACCUCCCAUCUUUUUGAAGACAUGGCUGGUGCUGCAGGUGUGGUGAUGGCGGCGCACAUGAUGCCGGCCAAGACAGUCCUGUUGUCGUCACGGAGCGCGGCAUAUAACGACCUUCGUCUCAUGGAGUGCCUGACUCGCUUCCUCGGUUAUGCCCUUGUCCUGACCAUGUCGGGCUUGCAACUACCGCACAUCUUCAAGUUACUGAAGUCACGGUGUAGUCAAGGAGUGAACAUCGUGCGCGUGGCCCUAGAGCUGCAGGCUGUGUCGUCAAAUGUCGCCUACUGCAUCUACCACAACUUCCCCCUCAGUACGUGGGGGGAGAGCAUGCCGCUGAUGGCGCAGUACGUCACCGUCACGUGCCUGCUGCUACUGUAUUCCGGACGAGAACGUCACAUGCUGGUCUUUGUGGUGACUUACGUCACGUGCAUGCUGCUCCUGCUGCGGGUGAUGCCCAGUCACGUGAUCGACCUGCUGCAGGUCCUCAGCAUCCCCCUGACUGCCGUCAGCAAGAUGCAGGAGAUCUACAGCAGCUCUCGCCAUGGUGGUCACGGGCAGCUGACAUUCACAUCCCUUCUCCUCCUGACUGCUCGCAGUUUGGGGCGAGUGAUGACGUCAGCAGUGGACACGCGUGACGGCCUCAUGGUGCUGUGCCACGCCCACUCCUGUCUGUGGGAGGCCACCCUGACGUGUCAGGCUCUCCUGUAUGUCCGCCGCCAGCGCCGCCUGCAGCUGCAAGCCCUGAGAGAGAAGACAACUGUGGCUGACUGUGUUGAGGACGACGGCGAGGAGCCCUACAGGCCCAGGAGAAGACGAUGCAGCUCCGUGACGUCACGUUGCGGUUGAACACAGACCGACUUUCUCUCCGGCAUCAACUCAACGGACUAGGGUUAGACUAAACACUGCUACUGAAAUCCUCGCCAGCCUUACUGUAUAUUUCGCUCGUCUGGCACCUCGAUGUUAGGGCUAGGCCAAACAUCAAUGCCAACUCUGUACUGACAGCAACACAAGACUGAUGUUAGGCUAAACCUUUGGUGACACUUGUGCCAACCCUAUACUGAGAGCAGAACAAGUAAAUCCUAGGCCAAACACUUAGUGACACUUGUGCCAACCCUAUACUGAGAGCAGAACAAGUAAAUCCUAGGCCAAACACUUAGUGACACUUGUGCCAACCUGCACUGACAGCAGAACAAGUUAACCCUAGGCCAGACACUUAGUGACACUUGUGCCAACCUGCACUGACAGCAGAACAAGUUAUGGUUAGGCCGAACACCUCCAGAUUCUGGUGCCAACCCUGUACUGACAGAAAACCAAGUUAAUCUUAAGUUGCUGGACACCUGGUGAUACUUGUGCCAACCCUUUUGUCUGCAAAGAACACGUUUUGGGGAUGUUUUUAUAAUUUUGAGAAGGCAUGCGACACUACCCGGAAGUAAAGUAUUCUGUUGGACCUUAAAGCCCUUGGCUUCCGGCCACUCUUCAUCAAGAAUUUUCUUUGGCAUCACCUCUUUCAUGUUCAAGUAUGAUCUUUCCUUCCUGAUUCUUAGGAAGAGUAAAUGGACGUCUUUCAGGGAAGAAUUCUUUGACCAACUCUUUUUAACAUUGAAAUAGAUUCAAUCUUGAAUUCUGUCCCUGUCCAGGUUUGGAAGCCUCGUUAUUUGUUGAUGACUUUGCAUCCGAGCCCGAUCUCUACCAUGCCUUCAAGGUUGGCUUCAACUGUACGUUAACGGUGUGCAAAGGUUGGUCACAGAAAAUGGCUUAAAAUUUCUUACUACCGUCUCUGAAGGCAGUAACAGAUAUAAGCAGCAAGUCUACGAGGGAGGCCCGUUACACGUGAACGCGUAGCGCUACAUGCUGGCACUUGCAGUCUGGGACAUUGGAGAGUGAGGAAGAGGUCUCCGCCCUCGCAAACGACAAGAAGGGGAUACACCGUGGAACCGGCAACAGCAACUCUGCCACCCGCUGCUCGGGGCAUCUGUGUGCGCCAGUAGUGUGCCGAGGCAAUUCUGCGACUGUCCACUACUGGUUGUCGAGGGGCAGUCAGUCGCGAGGACACUGCCGUGCUCCCAGCUAUGAGCGAGACUGGGAAGGUGUACACAGGCCCGUUCUUAGCCCCCGCGGGGCCCGAGGCAAAGGGCAUGUGCGGGGCCCUCACGCCACGAUCACACGGUUUUAGUUGGGAUCUAAAAUCACUUUUUUCCUCAGGGAUAUCUCGUCUUUUA